AAAGGACAUUCAACUGAAAGAAUUUUCGAUUCUACUGAAGCCGUUGACGCACAUAUGCCACAGGAUAUCGCUAGCUAUUGACAUUGAAUUGGAAGCAUAGGAAACAAAUUGAAAGAGCUAAGAAUACCGAUAAAUAAAUAAGCCGCAGAGUCGAAAUGAUUUUGCGAACGAUAUUUUGGCCUAUUGGCCUACUGCUGCUGUUGCUGGUCGGGCCACUUCAUAUGGUGAGCGCCGACGACGAUUACCAGGAUGACGCAGGGAGCUCGCAGGAUGGCGCGGGUUCAGCCAGCGAAGAUAUCUACGAACCGGCCCAAUUGAAUGAGCAGUUGACAGCGGAGGCUAAGCAUCGCAACAGUCUGGAAGAUGAUGGCGCCAUGCCGGCACACACGGAUAAUGGGCUGACGUCCAUGGAGCAGACCACGUUGAGCACAGUCAAGCCCAGCGCCACAGAAGCGCCAUCAGCGCAAUCCGUGGAGCAGGAUGAGAAUACAGCGGCUGAGGUGACGGACGAAGCGCCCACACAAAAGCAACCCCAGAAGCAUUCUCAGGAAUAUUACUAUGAAGUGCAGGAGGAAGAGGAGAAGGGACAGAGCGAACAGAAGCAGGCGGAGACGGCAACAAAGUCCGCGACAACGACGAAGCCCACAACUACCAUGAUACCCGAAUAUGUGCGCAAGGCUAAGGCCGAACGCUUUCCACUCAAGGAAAGCAGCAACAAACUGCCAAUGGAACACGAUAAUUCCGACUAUGCAGAAGAUGAACCGGAAACGGAAUUAGAGCAACAGACACAGACUUCCAAGGAAAGCAGCGACGAAUUGUAUAAUCAUCAGGCUGAGCAACCAGUGCCUCAGGCACAGAUUCAAGAGCAUCAGGAACUGCCAUUCCGACAAAAGCCGAAGGCAUUUAAAAAAUCAAACGAAGACGAUUACUACUACGAUGAGCAGAGAGACUCAGAGAGUGAGGAGCGGCGCACAACCACGACCCCAGCUUCGACGACAACGAUUGCCACAACAGCUGCAGCCACAAGAACCACCACGUCCACUAGUAGCAGCACUACAACCACAACAACAACAACGACCACUGCGGCACCGACCACCGUACCGCCUGUUCCAGCUAAACCGCUGCUGCAGGCACGCUUCGGCUUUGCUUGGCCAAGCACCACGACUGCUCCCACGACACCUACGCCUGUGGCCACAAUUGCGACGACCACAAUGCCACACAAACAGCCCAAGCAUAUCCAUGUGUCCAGUCCCAGGCCUGAGCUGCUGCCAGCGGAUCAAUUACGAAACUACAUCAAGGACGUCUACAUACGCAUGCCUCUGGCCGUAAUUGUCGACCCAUCUGCCGCCUCACUCGACAAAGCCAAGCGGCUCUACAUCGACGCGUUGCAGGAUAAGAACAUCAAUGUGAAAAUAGUGCUUGUAACGCUCAAUGCCGCAGGCGCACCUGCUGCCUUCAGUUUCAACAAUACCCGUGAAUUUAUUGCCGGCCUCAAUAGCACCAGGGAACACGAAGGUGGAGAUGCUUUUGUGGGCGUAUUACACGCCGCCGAACUUGUGCCCUACGACAGCGCCGUCUUCAUAUCAACGGCCCAGAUACCCCCGCACACGGAACUGGUGCAGGAUGCGGCCAUAACACUGCUCAAGAAGCGCAUACGCCUCUUCCUGUUGUGGUAUGGCGAGCGAGCGGCGAGCGAAAACGAGACCGAGGAGGCUGUGGGCGGCAUACUGGGCGAGGUAGCGAUCCGUUCGGGUGGCGAAAUCAUACACAUUGUGAGCACCGAGCAUGGUCAGCACAUUGCGGGCAAUACGUUAACACUGAUCGCCGAUGCGUACCAGGGUGCCAAGGAGCUUGAACUGCCAGUGGACACCACACUGUCCAGUCUGCAUGUGAAAAUCGAUGCGCCCAUGCGGCGUGCGACGCUGGAAACGCCCAAUGGUGAAAUCAAUUUAAAGAAACUUGUUAAGUUCAAACCGGCCACCGAAGACAGAGAUACUGCCCAAGUUGCUGACGCGAACGAAUUAGAUGCUUACGUACCGCUCAACAAGUUGCGCAAGGCAACGGCCUUCACGCUGAAACUAAUACCGGAGCAGCCCACUAAUGUGUAUAGUGUUUUUAUUCGCGCCGAACGCAAAGCUGAUGUCUUUCUAGGCGAUAUCAUUAAACGCUUUGAUAGUUACUACCUAAACGGACAUGAUUCCUAUCCAACGCGUUUCGAUGAUAACCGCAUGCCGGGUGCAUUAUCUACCUCGCGCAUGGCUAAAUUUUCAAAAAUGACACAUGCUAAGUUGAAGUUUCCAGAGGAACGGAAACCUGAAGAGAAUUCAGAGUCCCCAUCACCAAAAACCGAAGUGGAGACCUUCUCCGACGCGGAGGUGCACCUUGAUGCUAGCCCUGUUAUGAACCAGACCCAGGUUUCAGCAGCAAACGUUGGCUACGGCAUGACCCAGAGGAGUAGUUUGAGUGGCAUGUUGAUGCAACGUUGUGGCACAAAGAUAGAACUCAGUACACAGUCAAAGCUGCUUGUUGCUGCCGGCCAAAUGUCGCAGCUGUUUUUCGAGGUCACUAAUAUGCGCGCCGAGACUGUUUAUCAGAACGUACAAGUGACGGAUGAGCGACGUUUCUUGGUGCAGCUGACGCCAUCGAGUUUGUUUUUGAAACCACAAGAGACGACGACAGUGCGUUUAACAGUGCUGGUGCCCGCUGGCACAGCUCAAGGUACGACUGAUAGGAUCACAUUUACCGUGAACGGCAAUGAACGGACAACACAGGCUGUUAACCUUAAAGUUAUAUCUAGUAUUGAUGCGCAGGACACUACUGGCCCCUCCCUGUCUUGGGAAUUUGGUAGUCGCUGCGACUAUGUGGCCGCCGAUGCCAUUAACUGCGGCGAACGUUUCUGGACAUUAGAUGUUACCGCUCAAGAUUGGCAAUCGGGCAUUUUGCGUAUGCAAACAACGCCCUCUGAGGGACUCUUUUAUAGGAACUACUUUACAGCCGGCACCACAGAGAAGCUAAAGGCGACAUAUAUGGCGUCUUGCUGUGAACCCACUGUCAGUGUUUCCGCCCAUGAUGCGGCCGGGAAUGUACGCACAAUUAAUAUUGAUGUUCGUGACAUAGUUCUCACGGAAGCAGCCAUUGCGGCUAUCGUACUGGGAGCUAUUCUAUUGUUGCUGCUCAUCGUGCUGAUAAUUUUUGGCAUUGUGUGGUGUUGCCGGCGACGAAAGAUAUCUCUGGAAUUGCCGACCUAUCGGUCGCACUCCACGCGCAGCAUGGAGUAAUGUUACUAGUAGUGAUAAGUUUACUGUGCCAAAACGAAACGAAACGAAUUUUGAUAAAUGCCCAAUAAAAAAUAAUUAAAAUGAAGUCAUCUUCGAAAAGUCAA